UUUAAUUUGCUUUCACAAUUAUUUGAAUUCACAAAUCUCUUCGCUGUUUGCACUGUCCAUUUAAUGUUCUGAGUUCUUAUAGUUAAUAUUUAAGUGUUUGUGAAACGAGAGAUUUAUCUGGCUGGUCGCACUGUACGAUGUCCGAAGUAUCUGACCAGAAUGCCCAGAAGGACUGGCGCUCAAGCAAACGCAUUCGCAAGCGAGCGCGUUACCUUCUGGAUCAUCCCAAUGAAGAAAUUCCCAGCGAUGUCACCUUUCUUGUAGGAAACGGAGAGUCUCAACCAGGAAAAAUCUUCAAGUGUCACAAGUUUGUGCUGUCGCUGGUGAGCGCCGUCUUCCAGGCCAUGUUUUAUGGUCCAUUGAGCCAUCCCACAGAGGAGACCAUUGAACUUCCUGAUAUUACGCCGGCAGCAUUUCAGCUGCUGCUCCAGUAUGCUUACGCUGAUUUGACGGAUUUUGAAAUAGACGGCAUGGGUGUACCGACGAGGGAUAUUUUGAAUUUAUUGUAUUGUUCCAAAAAGUACCUCAUCUCCAAGUUAGCGAAGGAAUGUCGCGAUCGCAUUCGGGAGUAUUGCUUGAAUGCAAAAGACGCUUGUUUGAUUUUUCAGCAAGCUCGAUUUUUGGACGAGGAAAAUCUUGCCACGGCAGCGCUCGCAGAAAUCUCGCGAUCCGCACGGGAUGCAUUGGACAGUGAUGACUUCCUCAAUCUUUCCCUUCCUUAUGUGAAAGAAAUUUUGGAUAAGCCGGUUUUAAAUGCCCCCGAAAAAGAAAUUUAUCAGAAUGAUUUAUCAGAAUGUGUGCAAAUGGGUGAAGUGCAACGUUGCGACCGCCGCUGACAAUCUACGCGAAGCCUUUGGAUCGCUGUUGUAUUCCAUUCGCUUUCCUCUCUUCUCCGCUGCUGAACUGUUUGACGGCCCUGUUAAAGAUGGUGUUCUCAGCGAUCGGGAUGUGCGGGAAAUUUUCCAGAGUCUGCAUGGAAAAGAAAAGCCAAUUUCGCCCUUCCUGACUACGCCUCGAAUACCUCCACCGAAUCGCUAUCUUUGCAAAUUUACGUUCGUGAACACACUGUUGGAAAACACGCGCUGGCCAUCGUUUGACGUGGAGAUCAGAAUGUUUCCCGACUUGGCUCCGGAAUGUUGUCGUUUCGUACGGGAAAUCGCCGAAGGACAUUUUCAUAUCAGUUUUAAAGGCUAUGCAAACGAGUUUUCGCGCUGCAAAGGGCCUUGGACAGCGGUUAUCGAAGAGGCCACGGUGUUAUCAUAUUCGGAGACGGGAGCUUGCUGGUUGCAAUGGGAUAUUGAUCAAAAGGGUGCUAUUAAUAACCUUCGUCUAUCUGCCUGGAGAAAGCCCGCUGCCAAUCACAGCGCGGUGUUUGGACAGAUAAUAAAUAACUCGAUAGCCCAAAAUUUGUUCCUUAACAUGUCCUUCUUUCAAGACACCGGUAUCUCUAUGACGGACUUCCGAAUCUGUAAAUAAAAAUAGCAGAAUUGUGAGUCAGUUUUCUUAUUAUUUUUAUUUUUUGUGGUUGGUUGUGAUAGUGUUCUGGGAUAUACUGCAGUUUGUCAGGCAGAUUUUGCGUUAUGUUUCCUGUGGUUAUUUAAACAGUUUUGUAGAAGAAAGUUUGAACCGAUGAUGAUUUUACUGUUACGCAAGUAGUAAACUCAAACGGUGGCUUAUGUUUCCAGUGCUAUUAAAUUUUGAAGGGAA